CAUUUCCGCCCUUCCGUUUCCGGCCGCGCUCGGCAGCCAUAGCAGCGCGGCGGGCCGUGCUUGGAGCAGCAUGUUCCGCAUCGAGGGGCUGGGGCCCAAGAUGGAUCCAGAGGAGCUCAGGCGAAAGAUGCGUCGCGACGUCCUCACCUCUGUCCGCAACUUCCUCAUCUACGUGGCGCUGCUGCGGAUCACUCCCUUCAUCCUGAAGAAGCUGGACAGCGUAUGAGGUCUUUGCGAGUUGCACAGAAGACUCGGCUUCUGAAAACGUGCAGCGGACUGCUUUCUCUUUGUUGUUAGUUAAACGUUGUUCCGGAGGCAGGCAUCCAAUACUAAAUAUUCCUUAAAAUGUCCCUGUAGGCAUAUUCGAACAGAGAGUGAUAGCUGAGUGGGAGGUGUGGGGCAGACGUCUGUUUUUUAUGCAGGUACUCACAGAGCACUCCGUAGCAGCAGUAAGCAGUGUGUUAUGAUGGAAUGUUUUUGGUACUCUUUAAAAAAAUCUUCAUCGUUUGGUAUGAGAUCUGAAUUGCUAUCGAGUUGCUUUGUUGUGCACCUACCUCUAAACUGCCGUGUGUUAUGGCUAUCAAUGUUACUGAACCUGUCUGUAAAAUUACUUGGUUAAUGAAUGCAGUGCAAAGGGAGUCUGAUUUUAAAUAAAUGGGAGAGCAGUUCUGUCACAUUAUGAA